AUGUCAAAGGCCCACAUGGGUGAAAGACGAGCUUCAGGCCGCUCCAGAUCCAGGAGUGUUGCUUUCACCCAGACAGCAGCUUUGGAAGCAGACACACGUGAUGGCACCACUGAGCUUCCUGGUUAUCUGGCUCCUCUGUCUUCCCAAUUGGCGGACUCUGUGUCCACUGACCAGAGGAAGAGGAAGAGGAGGAGCAGCCAGCAAACGGCUUCCACCUCGUCCAGGAGACCACCAGCCAAACGCUCUCGCAGAGAUGUGUCUGAUGGACUGCCAGUGGCCAUCAAUCUUUCAUUCAGUCCUGGAUAUAAUGGAGAGUUUGUCCUUCAGGACGGUCAGGGUCGUCUGCCGCUGGAGGUGGCAUUGAUGAUCCGCGUCACUUCAGCUCCUGCCUGCCCCAGUGUCCUGCAGCUGCUGGACUGGUUUGACCGUCCCAGACGCUACGUCCUGAUCCUGGAGCGUCCAACUCCUUGCCAAGAUCUGCAGAGCUUCUGUGAGGAGAACGGCUGUCUGGACGAGCGUCUGGCCAAGAAAGUGCUGGUGCAGCUGAUCGCGGCGCUGAAACACUGCGAGAGCCGCUGCGUCCUGCACCGGGAUGUUAAGCCAGAGAACCUGCUGAUCUCCACAGAGUCCCAGGACAUCAAGCUGCUGGACUUUGGCUGUGGAGAUCUGCUGAAGCACUCAGCCUACAAAUACUUUGCUGGUGGGUUUGUGUUACAGAAGGAAACGCUCUGUGGAUGUUUGUGAUGAUUGACUAAGGGUAAUUGUCUGUACUGGACUGUAUUUUUUAAGUGAAUUUUUUUGUUCCUCUUGUGUCUCUCAGGCACUCCUGCAUACGCUCCUCCAGAGUGGUUCCGCAGACAUCGCUAUAAUGCGACGCCAGCUACAGUCUGGUCAGUAGGAGUGACCCUCUACAACAUCCUGUGUGACCGUUUCCCCUUCAGAGGCGCACAAAGGGUCACGUCCAAAAGCAGACUGAUCUUCCCUAGAAAGCUGUCAACAGGUAAAAGAUUCAAACACAUUCAGAGAUGAAGACAAUGUGUGUGAGUGAGCAGAAAUGUGUUGUUAUGUGUUUCUGAAGACGGUGUUGUGUGUAACAGAGUGCCGUCACCUGAUUCGCUGGUGUCUCAGUGCAGCACCAGCAGAUCGGCCCAGUUUAGAUGAUA